AGUAGUGAGGGAGUCGGUGCUACGCCUACGAUAGCAUUUGAGGAGCGAUUUACGGGAGUUCCAGUCUACGCCCUCAGCAAUCGUAGUCAAGAAUUCGUUUUAGUUUCUGCGGGGAAUAGCAAAGCAAGUCUCGGUUUGUUUUGCUUUGGUGAAGCGGAUGCCAAAGCUCUCCUUCACCAAAUGGAGUGCAUGGAUCCUUCUUUGCACAAUAGUUAUCAAGUGGUACCCGUGGCACUCAAAGAGGUGAUCCAGCUUAAAGUAGAUGGGAUGGCUUUUAGGUUGAUUCCCGAGGCAUCCCAAGUAACGAAUGCAAUUAAGGAGCGUCAAAGAAGUGGUAUAUCUGAUAAUACGUUUACUGGGGUUCCAGUUUUCCAGGCAUAAAGCUUAGUCUUGAGGGGAGAAAACACAAGAUAUCGUCCACUUUUCUUUAGAAAGGAGGAUCUUGAGAAGUUUCUUUCUAGAGCUUCCAAGGAGCAGAAUGUAUUCAAUCCUGCAUUGAAGGGAGAUAUUCAGGUUGCUGCUCUUGAGGAUAUAAUACAAGGGAUGAAGGACAGCUCAAUAUCAACAUGGAAUGAUGUUGUUUUCAUCCCUCCUGGUUUUGACGUUUCCACCACUUCUCCCCCAAGGUAACCUGACCUUUGCCUGCGCUCCGUUUUGGCACCUCUUGGAAAGAAGUCAAGAACACAGUCAUCUUUUACGUUGAAGUAGGACAACUACUAGUUUAGUAGCAGUGUUUCCUAUCUCUGCUCUUCACAUAGAGUAUCAUUUUUAUCUUCUCAAAUCUCAAAUUGGUUUGACAUUUGUAAAGUAAUUAUGUUGGUAAGUUCAUAUAUGUCAAUGAGAUUAUUGAUUUUGAUGAAUGAUAGUGAAAUGUCGCUGCAAAUUGAUGGUUA